AUGCCAGGUGUGGUGGCCCUUGAGAAUAGAGAUGAGGAUAUGGACACUGGGGGCGACGACUCCCAUACCAAUGGAGUCAAAAACGAUCAUGUUAUGGGAAGGCUCGAAGUAGAACUGGAUAGAAGCUGUUGGCCGCCGUCAUUCCCAUUCGCUUAUAAUAACAAACUUCGAAAACGGGUGCUUAUUUCGACCACUGCAUCCUUUGCAAAUGUUGCGAUUCUUUUUCUUAUGAAAAUACCAGAUAUCGAACUGCGGGUCAUAUCCGAUGAUGUUUUGGAUCUUGCACAAAUAACAAGGGAGGCUGCCUGUUAUGCUGACACACCUGUUCCAGCUCAACCCGGUUCCAAAUCGAAUUCACGGUCUUGGAUAAGUGUUACCGGUGCGGAGUUAAUCAGCUGGGCGGAUAUGUUGAUUCUCAGCCCUAUGGCUGCCGGAACAUUGGGGGCCAUGCUAGCAGGCCUCACCACAAGUCUUACAUUGACAGUUUUACGAGGGUGGGAUAUUACGAAAACGGUCUUGCUGGUGCCUGGAAUGACCUUGUCAGAAUGGCAAUUCCCACUGACCAAGCGGCAGCUCAACGACUUAGCAUCGUCUUGGCCGUGGGUAAGGGUUCUGCCCCCGAUUCUUUCCGGAUAUAAGCCUCCCACUGGGUUGGUAGAAAUUCCCUGGGAUAGCUGGGCUAUGUUUGGCAACGAAGUUGGGAAAUGCCUCGGUUAUUCAUCAAUUCCUAUCAGCAUACAGGAAGAUGAAAAUUUGGCCAAGAAUAAUUUCAGCCGCGAUGGGAGGGACUUAUCAACUGACCGCGACAAAAACGCCCAACAACGGAACAGGGAGCUUUCUCAUAGCAAAGAUACUGAGAUUUGCACCAAUGGCCUUGCCAAAGAGAAGACCAUCCUUCCCCCGGAAAUAUUGACUAUGAUAUUUGAGAUCCUUGAUGACUGGGAAACAGCAACCUCGGUCGGCAUAUAUACUAAGAUUCCGAUGCCCCGGAAAUGGAAAAAUUACAUCCCUACGUCGAUGAAACCCUCCACAAUUGAGUACGCUGUUCUUCGCGGGUCAAUGAAAGAGAUUGAACAACAUCUCUCCAAAAUUCCAGCCUGCAAGCCAUUAUCCAUUCUUGUCACAGAUCUGAUCCUUAAGUUCUCCCGAACAGAUAUUCUGGACUAUCUCCGCAAAUCGCGAAUGGAUCUGUAUUUAGCGACACCCCAGCUCAAAAAUCUUCCCUUGUCGGUGUCAGCCAAAUUCGGCAGCACAGCCAUCCUUACAUGGUGGCAGAAUUGCUCCGCACUUCCGACACUCCCUGUAAAAGACUAUCUCCCUGAAGCGAUCGACGCAGCCUCACGCGCCGGUUUUGUGCAUAUGCUAGAAUGGUGGCGCAAAUCUGGCCUUCCUUUCCACUACACAGAGCGCUCCCUCGAGUCAGCCUCCGCGGAGGGCCGCAUCGCCGUCCUCGACUGGUGGAAAAACACCUCAAAAACGGCACCGCCUUAUGACCCAGUCCCUCUGAAAGUUGGCAAAUCUGUCCUUCUCGCAGCACAGACCGGGCGCACUGAUUCGCUUGCCUGGUGGACAAAAUCCGAUAUUCCGUUCGGCCAUGCAGAAGCUGUGACUCGGAUUGCCAGCAGUCAUGGCCAUGUGCCAGUUCUGGACUUCUGGUACCGACAGAAGCGUGAGAAGCUAAUUUUUGAUAAUCAAGUUCUCGUUGGCGCAACGAAGAAUGGCCAUGUCGAUGUGCUUGAGUGGUGGAAACGGAGUGGUCUGCCUGUAGAGUUCAAAACGUGCGAUAUCGAAGAGGCGUUGGAAGACGCGGUUUCAGGUGUGGAAGAGCGCGUACGACUGUGGUGGGCGCGGAAUGGAUUGAACUUAGGGGUUGGAACUAACGAAUGGAUGAUGGUUAAGUCGUUAAAUUAA